AUGUCCCAAGGUACUUUAUAUACCAAUAAUUCUCCAAGAACCAUUGCUAAUGAGGCUUUGAUCUCUUAUUUGAAUUUGGAUAUUUCUAUCGUUAAAACAACCAAUGAUGAAGCUAAUUUUGCCAAGAACUUCCCAUUAAAGAAAGUCCCAGCAUUUCUAGGUCCUAAGGGUUUUAAAUUAACUGAAGCUAUUUCUAUUGCUUAUUAUUUAACCUCUUUUGCUGAUGAAAAGACUCAAGCUAUCUUGGCUGGUACCACCCCGGCUGAAAAAUCUCAAAUUUUAAGAUGGGCUUCUUUCUUUAACCAAGAUUUCUUCACUUCUGCCGUGAGUGUUUGGUUAAUUCAAAUUGGUGUUUUCCAAUUCAAUAAGAAAAGCUUGGAUUUCCACAAGGCUCAUGUUGAUCAAUAUUCUGAUUAUAUUGAAGAAAGAUUAACAACUCAUACUUAUUUUGCUACUGAACAUAUCUCUCUAGCUGAUAUCUUCGGUGUUACGGCUGUUUCAAUCAUUUUUGGUAAAGUUUACGGUCCAGCUUAUUCUAAAAAAUACCCAGCUAUUACUAGAUGGUUUAAAACUGUUAUUUCCUCCAAGAUUUUGAAAGCUCAAUUUGCCAACUUUGAGUACAUGAAGCAAGAUUUAGUUUUUGUCCCACCAAAGAAGGAAAAGAAGGCUGAAAAACCAAAAGCUGAAAAGAAGGCUGAAAAGAAGGCUGAAAAGCCAGCUGCUGAAGCUGCUCCAGCUCCAGAAAGAAAGCCAAAGCACCCAUUAGAAGCUUUAGGUAGACCAACUUUCGUCUUGGACGAAUGGAAGAGACAAUACUCUAACGAAGAUACCAGACCAGUUGCUUUGCCAUGGUUCUGGAAACAUUACAACGCCGAAGAAUACUCCAUCUGGAGAGUUGACUACAAAUACAACGACGAAUUGACUUUAACCUUCAUGUCCAAUAACUUGAUCGGUGGUUUCUUCAACAGAUUGUCUGCUUCUACUAAGUACAUGUUUGGUUGUAUGACUGUCUACGGUGAAAACAACAACAACGGUAUCAUUGGUGCUGUCAUGAUCAGAGGUCAAGAACAUGAACCAGCUUUCAACGUUGCCCCAGAUUGGGAAUCUUACGCUUACACAAAGUUGGACCCAACUAAGGAAGAAGAUAAAGAAUUCAUCAACAACAUGUGGGCUUGGGACAAGCCAGUUAUGGUCAACGGUGAAGGUAAGGAAAUUGUUGACGGUAAGAUCUUAAAAUAA